AUGAUGUUCAAUGGAGCCUCCAAUGAAUUAGGACAUGGAAUAGGUGCCAUUUUAACGUCACUAGAAGGAAAGUUAUUCCCUUUUACAAUGAAGCUAAAAUUUGAUUGUACUCAUAAUAUAGCUGAAUACGAAGCAUGCUCUAUGGGUAUUCAGGCAGCACUAGAUAUGAAAGUCAAUGAGCUUCAAGUUUCAGGAGAUUCCAUGUUGGUGAUUCACAAGUUAAGAGAAGAAUGGGAGACAAGAGACGUUAAACUUUUCCCAUAUAAGAAGUUAAUAGUGGAAUUAUCCGAGAAGUUUGAUAAAAUCACUUUUGAUUAUCUACCAAGGGAAAAUAAUCAGAUAGCGGAUGCUCUAGCCAUGCUGGGAGUGUUGUUCAAUUUAGAUCUCAAUCAAGAUGUCCAACCUCUCAACAUUGGAAAGAAAGAUGCACCGACCAUGUGCAGGACCAUUGAAGAGGAACCUGAUGGUAAAUCAUGGUAUUAUGACAUUAAAAAGUACAUCAAAUAUAGAGAGUUCCUAAAAAAAUGA